ACCGGCUCAAAAAGACGCCUUGCCUCAUUUCAACAUACGCCCCCAUUCCCUCCACCCCAGAUGUCGUCUCUUGGCCACUUCACCUCCCCGGUCCCUGUUCCCAUCGGCGGCUUAUAUCUAUCUUCAAGACACACACAACCUCCCUCCGUUUACCUGGAUAUCAACAAGCCAGAACAUCAGAUCCCAACAGUUCACCACCAGCAUCUUCCCUCCACCACAAGGAUCUUGAGACCAACGUCCCUCUCUACGUUCUCCGGCCACGCCCAAUCCCUCGCACUGGGUGCCAUUGUCUCGGUGCCAGUCAGACAUCUCUGUCGCCCUCCACUUCUCCGGCUCUUCUACCAAAAUCAGACCCCCAGGCAUUUCCCCGGUCGAUUGGGCCUCUCAGAACUCACCGCUCAACCAUCUCUUCCCAUCUUCCGUCGAGCUAAAGAGGCAGAAGAGCAGCAUCUUGGUCCAGCCCCAUCUUCGUGCUGCUGGAUAAGACUCCCUCCGUCUGCAGUCGUCCUGUGCCAACCCUGCAAACCCCGGCCGCCCUUUUACAUUAGGGUCUGUCUCCUCAAGAAGCAUAUUCCACCGUCGAUCACCCCUGCCCGGAGGCGUCACAAGUUGCUCAGGACGGCUCCACCUGUCCCGCUGACCAAACGGCAAUACCGUUCACACUGGCCCCAGUACCGAUUGGCCCUAGAGCAAUCCUACCCCCCCCCCCCAAGCACAGGGCACAGUCCCGCAAGCCAUCUUGUCAGACAUUUUGUGUCCCCUCGAAGACACUUAAGGUCGCUGAUCCCUCCAUCUCGACUCGUACUCUGGUCCCUUUCAGUUUGAACCUAAACUGAGAGUCACCGUCCCCGCAGAGGUGGCGCGAGACCUUAAAACUUUACUCUAUCGGGGUCCCGCAUCUGAUCAGCGAGCUUGCUCCUGAACA